AUGCCAGAAAAGUCUGAGGUGUCUUACAGACAAACGCUUCAGAUGAGGAAGAGCUUUGUUGGGAAAUCCUGCAGGCUGCAUUUUGAGGUGUCACCACUGAAAAUUGUGCGGGCAUCUCGACAGUAUUUGUAUGAUGAUACGGGUCAGGAGUAUCUUGACUGUAUUAACAAUGCGUCACAUGUUGGUCACUGUCAUCCGCAUGUGGUGAGUGUAGGUCAGGAACAGAUGUCAAAACUAACCUGCAGCUAUGGGUUCCUCAAUGACCAGACUGCCAUGUAUGCUAAACAUCUCAUUAGCACAUUACCGGAAUCUCUGUGCGUCUGUUUCUUUGUAUCGUCAGGAUCAGAGGGAAAUGAUCUUGCUUUGCGACUUGCAGCUUCAUAUACCAAGAAACAUGAUGUGAUAUGCCUGGAUGAAGCCUACCACGGCAACCUGGGCAAUUUAGUAGAAAUUAGUCCCAUAACCUAUAAAAGAUUGGGAUUGAAGCAUCAGCUGAAGGAGUGGGUUCAUGUUGCUCCAACACCAAAAACAUUCAGAGGGAAGUUCGGCGCAGAUGAACCUAAUUCUGGACAGCUAUAUGCGAACGAAGUCUUAAAACUCAUACAGAAGGCUAAACAGAAUGGUCGAGAGAUUGGUGCCUUCAUAUCAGAGUCUAUUAUCAGUGCAGGAGGAAUAGUUGUGCCACCAGAGAACUAUUUUACACACGUGUACAGAUAUAUCAGGGAAAAUGGGGGCGUGUGCAUCGCAGAUGAAGUACAGAGUGGUCUGGGCCGCUGCGGUGAGAAUUAUUGGGGCUUCCAAGUGCACAAUGUUGUUCCUGACAUAGUCACUAUUGGAAAACCAAUAGGUAAUGGCUACCCACUAUCUGCUGUUGUUACCACCAAAGAUAUAGCCGACAGUUUGAGCAUCUUCUCCAGCACAUUUGGAGGUAACCCGCUAGCCUGUGCAAUCGGCAGAGCUGUACUAGAGGUCAUUGAAAAUGAGAAACUCCUAUCAAGUGCUAAAAAUGUCGGCAAAUGUUUAAAGGAUGGAUUCAACGAAAUCAGGCCCAAGCAUCCCAUGAUUGGUGAUGUCAGGGGUGUUGGUAUGAUGGUUGGCAUUGAGCUUGUUAUGGACAGAGAAAAUCAGAAGCCAGCCACAGAGACAGCAGAAAUACUUGCCUACAGAAUGAAAGAGAAGAAAAUCAUUGUUGGCAUUGAAGGACCAGACAAGAAUGUGAUUGUGCUGCUUCCACCACUCUGUUUUACCAUAGACAAUGCCAGAUUUGUGGUGCAGACUUUUUCAGAAGUCCUGGCCAGUAUUGAAAGUGAGGCUGCUAGUGUGGGUCUGAUGAACAACAAGGAAGCUGUGUGGGGGCAUGCAGAGAGUGUGCCCAUGGAUGUCAUUACUGGCCAACACUCCAUCAAUGUUUCAAACUUGUCCGAUAUGGAUGAAGACAACGAUCAUGACACAGUAACAAAGAGAGCUAGAUAUGAAGAGGUGGACUGA